UGAUGUAAUGGCAGUCAUGGAAGGUCGGGAGGAGCACCUGAGACUUGCUGGAGUCAUUAAAGGUCUGCAUGCAGAUCUAAGGAAGAAAUUCAAGAAAUGCACAGGCACUGAUGACUUUGAGCAGAUUUGGAAGGAACACUGUAAUGACUCAAAUACCUUGCGACAAUAUGCUGAUGCCAUGCAUCAGUUGGCAACAGAUCACUGGACAAGGCUUCCAGAGACCAGGAUCGACUGGUGCCGAAAAACAAUCCUGGAAUAUUUCCAUGGAGGUGGUCUGAAGAAAGCAUUAGAAAAAGUUUCCCGCAGGGUUAAAGUUCACCAGUCUCAUCAAUUACAGAGUAAAUGCAUGGACCAGAGAAACAAUGACUUACUUAUUGAUGAACAGACAGAUCAUACAGUUAGUAAUGAUUCCAAGGAUGCAGUUUUAUGUAGGGAUGUACCUGUGAAUGGCCUCCAGGAAGUUAGUAUUGAGACGACAUGUAAACCUGGUACAGAUCCACUACUAGGGAAUGUGACAGACAUUGGCAUCCCGUUUGAAGGAAGGAUUCGUUUACUAGACGUGGGGAGUUGUUACAACCCUUUUGCUGCCUUUGAGGAAUUUCUGUCCAUCGGCCUUGACAUCAGCCCAGCUAACUCGUUGGUUCAUCGGUGUGACUUUCUUAACCUGGAGCUGACCAGUCCGGACCCCGUUGCCCUGUCGAAGGAAGAUCCCUUUGAGAACCUCCCUGACUUAGUAUCACAACUACCUCGCCAGAGUUUUCACGUCGUUGUGUUUUCCUUGCUGCUUGAGUACCUUCCAUCGACCAUUCAGCGAUGGACAUGUUGUUGCAACGCUCAUCAGCUCCUAGCAGGCAAUGGAUUGUUGGUUGUUGUGACCCCUGAUUCUCACAAACAGCAUCGGAAUGCAGCGAUGCUCAAGAGUUGGAGGCUUGCAAUUGAGUCAAUAGGAUUUGUACGAUGGCGAUAUGUGAAACUAGACCACAUACAUUGUUUGGCUUUCAGAAAACUUCAUUUUGGAGAAGUAAGAGACAAAGAAGUGGCUACCGCAUCCCCGGACAUGUUGUAUAUACCUCAGGACUUUCACGAGGAGGACGAAGACAAGGUAGUGGAAGCUGUUGUACGCACGGAUGAAGACAGUGAAAAUAUCUCUAAAACAUUUGAGGAACUUCCAGCCUGUUUUGGUGUUGACGGUGAUUAAUAAAAACACAUGUAUUAUGCAAAGAA